AUGGCUAGAGCAUCUGUCACAUCCAAAUCAUUUGCAGAGGAAAUUGGUGAGGAUUUCCUCAGCUGUUCAAUCUGUUUGGAGAUCUACAAGAAUCCUAAAGUCCUACCAUGUCUUCAUACAUUCUGUGAGCAAUGUCUGGUGACUUUUAAAGCCAAAUCAGGAGGUGUUUUGAAGUGUGCAACAUGCAGAAUUCAGUGUGACACACCCAUCCAGGAACUGAAAUCAAACUUUUUUUUAACAAGUCUACUUGACACGUUCCAUAGACAGAGGCAGCUUUGUGUUGACAAUCCACCACCAGUGUGUGAGAUAUGUCAAGAGAUCACAGCAACUCACAGGUGUGUAGACUGUCCUCAGUUUACUUGUGAUGUAUGUGUUAAAGCUCAUAGAUACACCCCAGCACUCUACUCUCACAAAGUGCUGACAAUUGACAAGUACAGAGAUUCAGAAUCUCAGGGUCAUGUCAUCGAGCAGUCUAAAGUUUUCUGCAAUGAUCAUAAAGACAGUCAGCUGAAAUUCUACUGUGACACUUGUAAAGUACCGGUUUGCAGUGACUGCACCAUAGUUAAUCAUAGAGUUCCUGAACACAUCCAUAGAGACUUACAAAAGGUGGCAGAUGAGUAUAAAACACAACUGAGGGAUAUGUUAAAACAGUUAAAAAUGAAAGACAAACAAAUGAAGAAAGAAAAAGCAGCAGCUGAAGCUACAAGUGAAGAAAUCAAAAACCUGUUUGAGGCAGAAAAAGUUAAAGUUGAAAGCAGAGCAAAGGAAGUGAUAGAGAGAGUGAAGAGAGAAGAGAAGAUGCUGAUAGAUGCCUUGAAUGAAAGUUCUAUGAUGGAAUUAAAGGAUGCAGCAAUGCACAUUGAUGAGAUGGAAUUUCACCAUAGCAACAUAUGCAGUACACAUGAUUAA